UAUAGAUUGGGAUGGCACCCAAGCCGGCGUUGCUGCGGUAGUCGACUGCCAGGCUUCUUCCAGCCCAGCGGGCUCUGACAGCAUGGGAACAUCGUCACUAUCCAGAAACGCCGCAAACGACGCAUCUUGCUCAGCCAUGUGCGCCUCGGUAUGCCCAGGCCUCAACGUCCCACCAGCUGAAGGGUCUGUCUGUAUCCGGACAGAACUAUCACCAGCUCUUGCUAAUGCUUGUCCCACUCGGGAACCCUCCCCUUUUUCGCUUCCACCAGGACCUAUUUCUGGAGCCCCUGAAAUGAGAUACGACGGUAAGGAGGCGGCUGACUGAGCAAUCCGCGCGAGGGCCGACCUGGUAUCUUGGGUCUGAGGGUCGCCGUUGUGAAUAGAUUUGUCCUGGUCGUGUCUAGUUUCCCGAUCUUUGCCCUUCCCUUUCUCGGCGCCUUCAUCAGGUCCCGUUGACUGAUGUCCCAUUUUGGAUGUUGUAACCCCUGAAGCAGAAUAGCCGACUGUUGUAGGCGCGGCUGGUAGAUGGCUGGGACCAAUAAACACCGUAAGAGGCUAAUAGCUCAGCGCAAAGUCCUAUUCAACAAACGCCAUCCACGUUGCUGACAACAACAGGCACUGUUGGCAUGUGAUUUGACCGCUUGACACGAGUCGCCUGUCCCUUGUACAACCGACAGAUCCGAGCCUGAACUGGUUGGGCUUAUCCAGCUCAAGGAGGUCGCUCCUGUAUAUCUAACUCGGUGCUUAAAAGCUUAGGUACAGCUGCGGGUGGGCGGGGGCGGCGGUGUGUGUGUGUGCGAACGAGGAGAUUCUUUCCGUGGAGCAGCAGGAAUUCGGUGCUGGAUGAGAAGGAGCCAAAUUCCACUGCCCGCAAUCAGCAAGAUCGUGCCCAAAGAAUGCCCAGUCGGGUUUGAUGCGCUGUUCAGGCCAGGCACAGGCUAAGCAGCUGUGCUGGCUUUGGUUCAUUGUGUGCAUAGAAGAGCUGAGUGGCACGGUCUCGCACUGUGUGCCUGAUGCUUUCGGGGCCCCAUUCUGGACCAUUCACCCUUACCUAGUGUGGCCGAUCUGGGCGCACCUACCCACCACCUACCAAAGGUCAUUGCGCCAACACCGACUCCCCGUCAUUUCGAGCUUGACUUGUUUCCAACAUCUCCAUCUCUCCCAAAGUUUUUCGACAAGCAGUUACCCACGGUCGCUGUGUCCCAGCUUCAGAAGCGCACCCCCCGCACUUGCCUUGCAUCUUCAGUUGAAUCCUGCCCUGGAUCCGCAGAUCAGUCUUUUUUCUCACCCCUCAUCUUUCAUCGCUGCCCACGUCUAGGCGGCACAGCAAUAGAGCAUUCGCACACGCAUCCCCGCGCCCGUCCUCCCAAGACUCGUACAGCAAAGCUCCCGGCCGUUUGAGCCUCCGUCCCGCCAGCAUCCCAGCUCAUCCACCACUCGACCUGCUCGCCAGAUCGCUUCACCAUCGUGCGUUUUAGCUUCUGUCUAUCUUCCGGGACUUCGGUACAUUCCUCGACCUGAACCCCGCCCGAUAUCGCGUGUCACCCACGUCGUUGGUCCAUCAUCCCCCCUGGACCUUGGGUGCCCUUCAUCAUCAGCCCCAGCUGCCCGAUUCUUCUUUUUCCAUACCGCUUAGUGGCAGAGAGGGACCUCCCUCGGCCCACGAUAUCAGGUUGCGAAGAUGGUAGACACAGAAGCGAACGUACCGACAUGGAAGUUCACCCAGUGCUUCGGUGAUAAGGGAGACGUUGAGGAUAUCACGGAAGCCGACAUCAUCUCGACGGUCGAAUUCGAUCACACCGGCAACUAUCUUGCAACUGGCGACAAGGGUGGCAGAGUUGUACUCUUCGAGCGUAAUGAGACGAAAAAAACGUGCGAAUACAAGUUCCAUACAGAGUUUCAGUCUCACGAGCCCGAGUUCGAUUACCUCAAAUCGUUGGAGAUUGAGGAGAAGAUCAACAAGAUCAAGUGGUGCCGACGACAGAACGCCUCACACUAUUUACUCUCGACCAACGACAAGACGAUCAAGCUAUGGAAGGUUUUUGAAAAGUCACUGAAGGUUGUGGCCGAAAACAAUCUCUCGCACGAUGCCACCCCGGCGAACGUUCAUGGGGGAGGCGGCGCCCCUCGCGCCCUUCCCACCGCCCAAUUUCGGUCCGCGAAUGAUCUUAAGCUGCCGAGACUAACUCACCACGAUACUGUCGUGGCGGCUGUGCCUCGGCGGACAUAUGCCAACGCCCAUGCGUAUCAUAUCAACAGCAUCUCAGUCAAUAGUGACGGCGAAACCUUUAUUAGCAGCGAUGAUCUGCGCAUCAACCUCUGGAACCUGAAUAUUCAGGACCAGAGCUUCAACAUUGUUGACAUCAAGCCCGCAAACAUGGAGGAGUUGACCGAAGUCAUCACGGCGGCGGAGUUUCAUCCGACCAGCUGCAACUGGUUCAUGUAUGCCAGUUCCAAGGGCACCAUCAAGCUGGCAGACAUGCGUGAGCGGGCUCUAUGUGACCAGCACGCCAAGAUGUUUGAACAGGAGGAAGAUCCGUCCUCCCGCUCAUUCUUCUCUGAGAUUAUCUCGUCCAUCUCGGAUGUUCGCUUCUCAUACGACGGCAAAUACAUCCUCUCCCGCGAUUAUUUGACUGUGAAGAUUUGGGACGUCGCCAUGGAGAGGCAGCCGAUCAAAACCAUUCCGAUUCACGAGCAUCUCAGACCGAGGCUCUGUGACACGUACGAGAAUGAUAGCAUUUUCGACAAGUUUGAGGUGGUGUUUUCGGGCGAUGGAAAGAAUGUCAUGACAGGAAGCUACAACAACAACUUCAUGAUAUAUCCUUCAGACCCGGAGAAGGAGGUUGAAGUGGUUCUUCAGGCCGACAAAUCUGCUUUCAAGGCCAAGAAAGUUGGCGUGCCCACUCCCAUCAACUCAUCAACAAGCCCGACAGCUAAUGGAAAGAAGGGGGGAUCGCGCGCCGGAAGCCCAGCAGCUCCGGGGCAGGGUCAACGCAUGCGUAAGGAAACGGAUGCUGACCAGAUCGACUUCAACAAGAAGAUUCUUCACAUGAGCUGGCAUCCCUUUGAAGACAGCAUUGCAAUUGCGGCUACCAACAACUUAUUUGUUUUUUCUGCUCUUUGAUAGACGGUGGGGUACAAUGCCUGGGGGAGCCAUGGGGAUUUGCCGGAUCGACGCCACACAGUGUAGGAUGUCUAUCUGGCGAAAGGGUCGCAGAUCAAGCUGCCUUCAGGUUGUGGUCUUUUGUGCGAUAUUCAUGUGCGAAGGGUCAAGGUAUCUAAUGAUGGCGACUUGGCAAAGUUGAUGGAUUGCGAAGCAAUUGCUAAGCAUAAUUUUGCACUGGAGUUGUUCGAGCGGAGUGCAGCUACAACUGCAUUGAGUGAUGGAAACCAGCGAAAUAUUACACGAACGAUCCAAUACGCUGGCAUGUGGCUUGCUUGAACUCGGAAGCGACUGGGGUAAGGCAUGUCUGAUGGGGUUGAUAUCGGUAUUUAGAUGCUGUCUCUUACAAAGCAGCUACUUACAGAGCAACUAUUUGCUGGGUGCGCGCAAGAGACGGAUGGACUGAGGGUGUUGAGGGGGUUG